GAAAGGAGAGAGCAGUCUGCGGCGGCGGGAGCGCGUCCUUCCGUUUUUGUACUUUUUGUGUCGCCCCGUUGGUUGGCGGGAGGAGGGAAUCGGCGCGCGUCACGUGACAGGCGGAGAGCGACUGCCUGCUCUAGCCCCGCGUCGGCGCGUGCGUGGGGCGGCUUUCUUUCUUUCUUUUUGGCGGCUUCGUCAUGCAGCUUCGCUUUCGAGAAGGUUCCCGCUACGUGCAACAUUCGGCGGGAUCAGUUUCCUUCUGCCACCGAUACCUGCACCGGUACUUCGGCUCUGCUUACUAACGAAGGACAAGAGACAGCUGACGAGAUGGUGUUUUACCUCGCAUAUCCGGACGGAAAUGUUGAUCUGGAUCUCCUAUGCAACAUGUGCCACCGUAGGUUGGCCAUCAUGAUGAAGAUUGCCCGGUGUGAAGGUAACGUCGAUGCAGUCCGCAAUGUUCUCGAGCAAGACGAAACUUGCCACGAGUGCCUUAUCGAAGGGAGCCCACAGGACAGCGUGUCUCACUUUUUUCUAAGGUUGUUACUGUGCCCAUUUGGAUCUGCCUUCAACACUAUAGUGCAAGCUGAGUCGAUGCUGUUUCUGUGUCGCUUUGAGGCACUGAACUGGGAUGAACGUAAAGCCAUCAUUGAGCGUGCUUUGUCUGAUUCCAACGAACUCCUGAAAUGCAACAUAAAUCAGGAAUUUCGCGAGGUUCUGACGACCCUGACCAAGGUUCUUGCUGCUGCCUUGAAGAGCUGGAGUCGCAUCGCUGAAGCCAAAGAAUUUUCUGUUGGUGUGCCUUUUGAGCACGCCCUCUCUCUUGUGAGUGCUCGUCGGGUCAUCCUGCGAGCAGGCGAAGCCAUCAUAAGGGAGCACCAUCUUCCUGUGUUCCUGGCGGGCAUGUUCCAAGCAGUGUGCGAGCAAGGCACCGCCCACUUCAAGAGGUCGGCGCGAUUUCGAACACUGCACCAAGAUGAAAGAAUGGUUGAACUGCGCACAUCCUUAAGAGCUGCUUUCGAAGCACACCGAGGAUUCUUGGCAGUGGGCUGCCCCCUGAAGGCUGGUGAAGUGGACAGCCAGGCAGCAGCAUACUUUCCACCGUGUAUGUCCGCUUUGUAUGCCACCUUGAAGAGGGACAAGAGGCUGCCCCACGACGAUCGAUUCAUCUUUUCAUUGUUCCUGAAGGAGAUUGGCCUGAACCUGACCGAAGCCAUCGAGUUCUGGAGUCGCUACUACAUAGAGCCCCCUGGCAAGAAGGCCGCUUGCAGCCACACCUGGCAGAGGGACACGUCGCGCCUCACGUACAGUGUGCGACACAUGUACGGCCAGGAGGGCAGCCGCGUCGACUACACCGCCCACGGGUGCACUCAAGUCCAGGACAGCUGCCUCUGUCCAUUCACCUCUGACAAGUUGCAGACACUUCAAGAAGGGCAACAGGUGGGCGAUCUGGAAGACAUUGCUCAACUAUGUGAGAACAAGCAGUAUUUAGCGGCGUGCAAGCUCCACAUGCAAAGGACUGGAAAACAGCUCGCAUCGGAGAUGAUCUUGCAGGCGGAACCAUUCGAGGGUCGCGAUGUGGAAUCCUCUGCGGAGCCUCUAGUAGGAAUUCACAAACCAUCACAGUUCUAUUUCUACAUUAGAAAAUUAACUAGUCCAUCCUGAUGCUUGUUCGGUGCUAUUGUAUGUUUAAAGAAAAGAGGAUGCAUUGAGGCUAUGCAUGGUGAAUACAACACAGCAUUCCUUUUGUUUUGCGCAUAUCACCCAUAUCAUUGAAGUGAUGUACAAUUAUGCAUUUACUCCAGAGUAGGAAGUUAAGUGUUAAUAAAAUGUUUAUCAGUUGG